GUCAAACUCCAGAAAUCCUUGGAGCAUCUUUCAAAAGAAGUGGAGGACAUUAGGAAGCGUGAGUCAGCAGAAAGGAUGAAGACCCAGGAGUGCAAGGAGACAGUGAAGAAAAAGCGGGAGAGGAUUGUGAGUGAGUUUGGGAAGCUGCAUCGUCUGCUGGCUGAUGAGGAGAAGCUUCUGCUCCAGAAGCUGGAGGAGGAGGAGAAGAGGAUUCUGCUGUUGAUCAAUGAAAACCUGGCCAGGCUGAUGGAGCAGAAGUGCUUGCUGGAGGAGCUGAUCCUGGAGAUAAAGGAGAAGAUCCAUCAGCCAGCUGAUGGGCUGCUCAAGGACAUGAAGAAUGUCCUGAGCAGGUGUGAGGGGGUAACAUUCCCAUCCCCCAAGGCUGUGUCUGUGACUCUGAAGGAGGACUACAGCAUCCCGGAGCGCUGCCUGGGCGUGAGGGACAUGCUGAAGCAGUUCAAAGUGGAUGUGACUCUGGACCCUGAGACGGCGCACCCUGAGCUCACCCUGUCUGAGGACUGCAAGAGCGUGCGACGUGGGAGCAAGAAGCUACUUCUGUCCCUUUUUGACAACCCCAAGAGGUUCAGCACGGCUCCAGUGGUGCUGGGGAGUCAGGUCUUCUUCUCAGGCCGCUGUUACUGGGAGGUACAGGUGGGAGACAAGCCAGAGUGGGGCUUGGGGCUGUGCAGGGAGUCUGCCAGCCGGAAGGGCAACAUCCUUUUCUCCCCCAACAACGGCUACUGGGUGCUGCGACUGCAAAACGGGGGCAACUAUGAGGCCCUUACCUCGCCUGUCUCCCCUUUGACCCUGAACGUGAGACCCCGGCGCAUUGGGAUCUUCCUGGACUACGAGGCAGGAGAAAUCUCCUUUUACAAUGUGAGCGACCGCUCCCAUGUUUACACCUUCACCGACAGGUUUUCGGGAAACCUCCGGCCUCUCUUUUUCCUGGGUGCCUUUUUGGGAUCUUGGGUCAGGGACACACAAGGGACUGGGUGCAUCAUCCUGUGA